GUUGGUCCAGGUCAGUCCCACCCCUGGCGCUGUCCAGAGUCCAGCCGUUCUUAGCGGUCGCGGCCGAGACAGUGCCGGACUCCGGGGUUCUCCUGCUCCAGGGACCCGAGCGAGCGCAGGACCCCGCCGCGCCGCCCAGAGCAGCGGAGAGCCCGGCCGCAGGAAGUGUCCAGGAACUCACACCCGGGCGGAGACCCCAGGGAACAUGUUAGCUGUGCACUUUGACAAGCCGGGAGGACCAGAAAACCUUUACUUGAAGGAGGUGGCCAAGCCCAGCCCAGUAGAAGGUGAAGUCCUCCUGAAAGUGGCGGCCAGCGCCCUGAACCGGGCUGAUUUACUCCAGAGACAAGGCCAGUAUCCCCCACCCCCAGGAGCCAGCAGCAUUUUGGGACUGGAAGCAUCUGGACACAUAGCAGCGCUGGGGCCCGCCUGCCAGGGGCACUGGAAGAUUGGGGACACAGCCAUGGCUCUGCUGCCUGGGGGGGGACAGGCGCAGUAUGUUACUGUCCCUGAAGGGCUUCUCAUGCCCAUCCCAGCAGGACUGACCCUGUCCCAGGCUGCAGCCAUCCCAGAGGCCUGGCUUACCGCCUUCCAGCUGUUACAUCUCUUGGGAAACGUUCAGGCUGGAGACUCUGUGCUAAUCCAUGCAGGAUCAAGUGGUGUGGGCACAGCUGCCAUCCAACUCGCCCGGCUGGCUGGAGCUAUUCCUCUAGUCACAGCUGGCUCCCAGCACAAACUUCAGAUGGCAGAGAAGCUUGGAGCAGCUGCUGGAUUCAAUUACAGAGAAGAGGAUUUUUCUGAAGCAACACUGAAAUUCACCAAAGGUGCUGGAGUCAACCUUAUUCUAGACUGCAUUGGCGGAUCCUACUGGGAGAAAAACGUCAACUGCCUGGCUUCUGACGGCCGCUGGGUUCUCUACGGUCUGAUGGGAGGAACUGACAUCCACGGACCUCUAUUUUCAAAGCUACUUUUUAAAAGAGGAAGUCUGAUCACCACUCUGCUGAGAUCAAGGGACCAAAAGUACAAGCAAAUGCUGGUGGAGGCUUUCACAAAACAGAUUCUGCCCCACUUCUCCACGGAGAGCCCACAACGUCUACUGCCGGUUUUGGACAGAGUCUACCCCGCGACUGCAAUCCAAGAGGCUCACGAAUACAUGGAGAGCAACAAGAACGUGGGCAAAAUCGUCCUGGAACUGCCGCAGUGAAGGAAGAGGGGACAGUACUCCGCCUUCUCAGGACAAACUUGGACAAAGUUCACAGUACGCAGGAAGGAGAUCGGGUACUACUCCAGGCCGCCCUGUAACCCAUUGGCCCUCCCCCAGCCUCGUCAACUGACCCGUAUAAAGCUGAUCGAGGGAAAUAAAAAGAGAGAAGAUCGAAAAA